AUGGAGCGAGCUGAGGAGCUGCCGGACACUGAUCCCCGGGGGGGGACAGAAGGGGAGACCCCCGGAGACCCCCGUGGAGCCGGAUGCGCCGCCAAAAAAACGAACCCGAAGCGAGAAAACGCCGAGACGGGGGCGACCGAGCGCGGAUUCACGGCGACGAAAGGGGAAGGGGAGAUUUCGGGACGUUCUCGGCGAGGGGCAACUCCCAAAAGCGAAAUGGGGCCGGGAGCAGAUAAACUCAUCCCUCGGGAAGGAAACCAAAAGAGCCUCAAAGAAUCGAAAUCCCAGGACAAAACCGCCGCCGGCAGGGAGAAGAAGUACGCGUGCGACGAGUGCGGACGGAGUUUCGGUCAGAGCUCCAACCUCAUCGUCCAUCGACGGAUCCACACCGGAGAGAAACCUUAUCAAUGUCAGGAGUGCGGGAAGUGUUUCAGGCAGAGCUCCAACCUCAUCGUCCACCAAAAAACCCACACGGGAGAAAAAUUCUACGCGUGCCCCAAAUGUCAAAAGCGUUUCCCAGAUAGAUUGCUGCUCCUCAGGCAUAAAAGGAUCCACCUCGGAGAAAAACCUUUUAAAUGCCAGCGGUGCGGGAAAAGCUUCCUUCACCGGUCGCGGCUCCUUGCCCACGAGAAGGCGCACGGAGGAGAAGAGCUCUACCCAUGUCCCGAGUGCGGGAAAUGCUUCCAGGAAAAAUCCAAAUUCCUCCAACAUCGUCGACGACACGUGGGGGAGCGACGCUAUAAAUGCUACGAGUGCGGGGAGGAGUUUGGGCAAAGUUCGGAGCUUAGCCUCCACCAGAGGAUCCACGUGGAGGAGAAGCUCUACCAGUGCUCCACCUGCGAGAAGUGCUUCAAGGACCGGUCCACCCUCAUCAGGCACGAGACGGUGCACACGGGAGAGAAACCCUACCAAUGCCACGAGUGCGGGAAGAGAUUUACCCGCAGCUCGGACAUCGUCGUCCACCAGCGGACUCAUACGGGAGAGAAACCCUUCCAGUGUCCCGAAUGCGGGAAGAGUUUCAGUCACCGCUCCAAUCUUUUCCGACACCAACGGAUGCACACGGGGGAGAAGCCGUAUAAGUGCGAAGAGUGCGGGAAGAGGUUUGGGCAAAGCUCCGAACUCAUCGUCCAUCAACGGACGCACACGGGGGAGAAGCCCUACCACUGCUCCGAGUGCGAGAAGUUCUUCAGGGGGAGGUCGACCCUUUUCAGACACGAGCGGUUGCACACCGGGCUCAAACCCUACCAGUGCAGCCAGUGCGGAAAAAGUUUCGGCCAAAGCGGGGACCUCAUCGCCCAUCAACGUUUCCAUACGGGUGAAAAACCCUACCAGUGUUCCCAGUGCCGAAAAUUUUUCAGCAACCGCUCCAGCCUGGUGCGGCAUCAGCGGUUGCACGCCGGGGAGAAGCCCUACAAGUGCCACGAGUGCGGGAAGAGUUUUGGGCAAAGCUCGGACCUCAUCGCCCAUCACCGGACCCACACCGGGGAGAAGCCCUACCCUUGCCCGGUCUGCGGGAAGAGCCCAAACCAGCACUCAUCUCUGGUUGUGCGUGAACGGAUAAAUGGUCCAGAAAAGGGUUUGGAUAAAGAAAUCUAG